UCUCAGCAGCAUGAUAGACUACGAACCUUCAUCAGUGGAAAUCACAGAUCAACCAAAUCACAUGGACGAAGAAGAGGAUCCGUUCUUAAAAUUUAUUGACUACGCACAGUUGAUUUUAAAAGAAACCGAAAAUGACAAUUCGGACGGGCCGGGUUGGAGCUGGAUUGCUUCUCGGAUCCUUAAAGCUUGUGUAGCUUAUUCUAGCGGCGUCACUCCCGCUAUUCUCCUUUCCGAUCUCUCUCAGGCUUGGAAUGAGCAGAAUAGGGGGAGAGCUCCAAAAAAGAGGCCUGAAUGCAUUAACCAGUUGAAGGAGAAGCAUAGGAGAGCAAAGCUUCCUAGCACUGUUACAAUUGACUCAAUUUAUGAGAAAAGAUUCUUAUCCUUGACUAGUGUAAUUGAAGCUGUCAUUAUAGAUGCUUACUGUCUUCCGGGAACCAACAUAUGCAUGAUCACAUUGGGCGACUUUUGGAGCUCUAACACCAUUGAUCUGUAUCUUCACCGUAGGUUUUACAAAUUAGCUGAUCCUAACAAUGGAAUUCUGAAGAAGGGCCGAGAAGCUUUUCUAACUGGAUGCCAUCUUCGAACUGCCAGCAAAAGUUGUGGCCAGGCACGACUUCUGCCAACUGAAUAUUUUGUGGUGCUGUUAGAUGAGGACCAAGACGAUGAUGCAAUGCUAAUUGGAGCACAGUUUUGUUCAGAUUCCUUCUCUUCCAUUUCUCUUGAGGCUGUUAAAGAAGAGGUCUCUUAUUCAUUGUAUGCUAGGAUUGAAUCAAUUGGAUCUUUGGAAACACAGAAGUAUGGUAAUUUGCAGAAGAAGCAGAUUACUCUUGUUGAUAACGAUGGUGUCAAGCUAAAGUUUCUACUGUGGGGUGAGCAGGUUAUGCUAUCCAAUCUAUUCAGUGUUGGGAGUAUGCUCGCCCUGGAUAGGCCAUUUAUUGCAAGUUCUUCUAAUGGUGAAAUCGAAACAUGUGAAGAAAUUUUCCUUGAAUAUGGCAGUGCAACGCAGCUUUUUAUGGUGCCUUCUAUCCAACAUGAGGAACGAGUAUCUGUAUCAUUGACACAGAGCCGUUCUCAAGGAUCAAAGCUAUUAAAUCUAUCAGAUCAGAGAUCUGUCAUUUCCCAAGUGACCCUGCCUUGUGAUUCUCAAGGAUCUAUUGACUUCAGUCUUUGUCCAUUUCGGUCAUUUGUAGUUGAUCUACGUGACAAGAUGACUGGCCUCAGUCUUUAUGGAGUUGUUGCUGACAUUGUUCAUGAGAGAAAUACAGCAAGGACCACUUUCUCCUUGAAGCUGAAAGAUAUAACUGGAACAAUUUGGAUAAAGCUAUAUUUUGUCGGAUCGUGGUCAUUGGGAAGAUUAGGGCUUGGUCAUACUGUGUACAUUUCUGGUUUGACCUCCUCUACGAGCAGAGGAAAUAGGAUAAUCUCAUCUUGCUUUUGUUGCAUGCUUGACGGACUUCAGUUAUCAUGGUUGGAGAGUGACAUUGGAGCUUCAUUUAUCAACAUAAGUUGCUUACCGGCCUUGCUGAACUCGUCUUGUCUUCACAAAUUAUCACGCCUUUCUGAUUUAUCUAUCCGGAUUGGUGUAACUCAUAUACUUAUCUGUCGAAUCUGGCUGGAUCAGAUUGAAUAUUGUCACGUGAGUACAAGAUUUUCGCAUUCCCUUUGUGGGAAUUUUGUUGACGAGGCACUUGGCGGGGACCUUUUUUGUAACUUCUGCAAUUGGAACUGCUCUGCCGAAGUUGUGCGGUCUUUCCAUCUCAAGAUAACUCUAGCUGAUGAGAGUGCAAAAGUGUUUGCUUGGUGCACUGGUCAGACCGCUGCAGAGUUACUUCAAAUAUCUCUUGACGACUUUGAUGAACUCUCUGAGGAAGAACAGAUCUUGUAUCCAUCUUCCCUUGAGAAUGAAAGGUUCAUCGUUGCAAUUGUCAGCUGCAGGAGUGAUGAUGGCGGUUUAAUAAAUGCGGAACAUGAAAAGACUGCAUGGGAGGUCACCCGAGCUACUACAGUAUGAAUCACGGUGCCUUGGCCAUUUACUGCCUUUAAGUAGC